UUUAGGAGUCCAAUCUGUAAACCAAGCGUUCAUUUCAAUAUCACGAUGAAGGAAAUCAUGUUGAUCUAUCUUGUGGUUAUCCAUUCUCUCUUCUGGGAAGGUAUCAAUUGUCAGGAGACCCUUGGCUCCUCCAUUCAUGUUAAUGGCAGUGUCCGUGUGCAGGAGGGGCACUGUGUCUUCAUUCCUUGUACAUUUAGUGCCCAAAGGUCCUUACUAUUUUCUGUUGGAUACUGGCUCAUAGGCUCUAAAUCCUCACAAAGUUAUGCUGCCACUAAUGAUCGGUACGCAACUGUGCAAAAGUCAAAUUUCCACUUGGUAGGAAAUCCAGAAAAUGGAGACUGCUCGCUGUUAAUAACUGAUGCCAGGAUAGAAGAUGAAGGGGUCUAUUACUUUCAGUUUAAUAGAAAUAAAUAUACCAGUAUAUCUAAAGUAGUAACAUUUCCAGAGGAAGUGAAAGUUGUGGUGACUGCUUCUAGGACUGUAGCAUCCAGGACUGUGACUUCACGCAUCAUUGUGUGGACAGUUUUCAGUAACUUCGCCACCCUGGUCCUGACAGUUGUAGGAUUGCAUCGCUACCUUAAGAAAAACAUGGAGAACAGCCAGUCUGGAAAUGGACAUCCCCACGGAGCCCCGGUAGCACAAUCCAGUUAUGAGGAACUAACAGAACAGACGGACGAAGCAUACGAAAUCAUGAAAACACCGCUGUGUGGAAAACUAUCAAGUUGUAAAUGCUUUUAAAUCAUUUAAAGCAAUCUGGGAUGAAAUAAUGGUUUUGGAUCCAGUAGGGCAGCUUAUUUCUAAAUUUGGCUUACUUUGUAUUUUAAAACAUUUAAGAUUAAUCUUAUAAAUUUAGUGAAUUGUUUGAGUUGAACACUUAAAUUUAAUUGACAAAAGACGACAAAUCUUGUUUAAGUUCAUCCUUUAAGAUCAAUUAAAUAUCAUUAAUUGUUAGAUUAAUUCUAAAGAUUAAUGUUAUUUGCUAAUUAGAUAAGUAUUUGGCAGUGCAGUAUCUUCUUCAAUGGAAGCAGACCACGAGACUGAUAAGGGGCCCGAGGUUCAGGUGAAGUCACUAAGAUGUAACUUUUAAGUUUGGUUAUGGAGGAGCGCAAGGUCUCGAACAUCCACCAGCUCCGUAAUGUAGUCAUGGAGGAGUGGAAGAGGCCAGUGGCCACCUGUGAAUCCCUAGUGAACUCUAUGCCCAAGAGAGUUAAAGGGGUUUUCCCAUCUUGCAAAUUCAUACUCACCUGCAGACAGAUGCGCUGUUCACUUCCUGGUUUCCUGCUCCUAAGGCCUCAUGCACACGGCCGUUGUUGUGGCCCGCAUACGAGCCGCAUUUUUUGCAGCUCGGGUGCGGACCCAUUCACUU